AUGGCUGCACACAAUGAAGCCACGCUGCUGGAUCUCCCAGCUGAGCUGCUGGUUGAGAUAGGCAAGAUGCUCGGGGCAGGCGACGUGGCGGCGCUGGCGUCGACGUGCACGCAACUGGCGUGGCUUGUGCGCGACAACAUGGUGUGGCGAGCAAAGUACAUCGAAACACUUGGCGAUGUGCCACCGAUGAGCCGGAGACGGCUCAUCGCCGACAGCCCGUCCCACUCUUGGGCGGAUGAGCUCCGCUGGCGGAUCGCGACUCAGCAGACGGUGACCUGCAACUUUAACAAGGCGCCAAGCCUCGACGACGCGCUCGCGUACCUACAGUCGCUGGCGCUGUUUGAUUGCAUGGAAAAGGACGAUGAGGUUGGUGUCGACACCAAGGUCUUUGACUUUGUCUUUUACACACCGGGCAUUUCCAAGCGUCGUAUCGGCGAGCUCCUUGGCUCUGCAACGUACGCGGCUGCGCGCGAUUGGUACGUGAUGGCGCGGAUGCCAGCGCUUGUCGGGCUCGACUUUGCCGACGCGCUGCGCGAUUUCUUGCACCCUCUGUGGAUGCCUGGUGAGGCCCAGGCCAUUGAUCGAAUCAUGCAUACCUUUGCCAAGGCGUACUGCAGCGCCAACCCGGAAGUCACGGCCUCGUCAGCUCAGGACGUCGUCAUCGACGACAACGGCUUUACCAAUCUGCUCACAGUCGACGCAGCGUACGUUCUCUCGUUCGCCGCCGUCAUGCUCAACACCGAUGCCCACUCAUCGCACACCAUCUCGGGCUUUACCCGGUCCUCGUUUGUGCAAAACUGCUCCGGGCUCGGCGUGCCGCGCGCAUUGGUCGAGCACGUGUGGGAGUCGGUCACCUCCAACCCGAUCCUUCACGACUCGGACAAUGUGCUCUCGCCGCCUCUGGCCACCAGUGCAGCGCACAUCCACACCGGCGGCAUGCUCUUUCCCUGGCGAUCUCGCUUCCUCAUGCUCACCUGCAACAAGCUGCUGAUAUUCCACAGCGAGGAGAGCCAAGAUCGCGCGCUUGCCAAGUACCCGCACCAGGCGCUCCAAGUCGUCCGCCUCGGCGAGCGUGACAUCACCAUCGAACCACAUCCUGUUGCCGGCUACGCCACCCUCGAUGGCUGGGUCACCAGAACUGGCCUCUUUGCGCGCUCGGAUCUCCUCUCCCGAUCAACUGAGACUAUUGUCCGCAUUCGGCUCCCUACGUCCGACCUCGCCGACAAGUGGGAGCUCCUCAUCAAUCGUGCCCUCAACACAGCUGUCGUGGAGGACGUAUGCGAGCUUGAUCCCGCGCGAGACGUUACCGAGGCCGUCCAUAACCAUAACCUCAUCACCAGCGAGUGA